AUGCCGGACGCGGAAAUACAAAAGCGCCGAGCUUCCCAGCACUGGAAGACCUCAAGAUCGGAAUUUCGUAUCAAAGUUGAAAACGAAUUCGAGAAGCUCGAAAGGCGGUCCAAAGCAACCUCAUCAGCCAUGUUGUGCGCAAUUUCUGGCGAGGCUCCCCAGGUGCCGGUGGUGUCGCGCAAGAGUGGGAACGUCUUCGAGAAGCGUCUGGUGGAGGAGUACAUUUCCGAGCAUGGAAAGGAACCCAUCACAGGCGAGGAGCAUACCGUGGAGGACCUUGUCGAAUUGAAGUCAGCUCGCAUUGCCAGACCUCGACCGCCAACUCUUACCUCGAUCCCCUCGUUACUCGGAGUUUUCCAGGAAGAAUGGGACGCCCUGGCCCUUGAAACAUUUACUCUUCGGCAGACACUUGCGCAGACGCGACAGGAACUUAGUACGGCGUUGUACCAGCAUGAUGCUGCUGUUCGUGUGAUUGCUAGACUGCGAAAGGAGCGAGACGAAGCCAGAGAUGCACUUUCAAAAAUAUCAGUUGGAGCUAGCCGUGCUCCUGCAGCUGGAGAUGCGAUGCAGGUGGAUAGCACAGGUCUUCCAGAAGGCGUCAUCUCAAGGAUUGAAGAAACCCAAGAGAAGCUUUCAAAGACCCGACGCAAACGACCUAUCCCAGAAGACUGGGCUACCGGUGAAGCUAUUCAGGAGUUUAAGCCUUCUAGCCCGUCCGAGCCCCUUUAUCCUGGUGGACACUCUAUAUCACUGAACCCCUCUGGCGAACUAGCCCUCGUAGGAGGCACUGACGGUGUUGCCGGCAUAUAUUCCCUUCCCGAGAAACGAGUUGUGGCCUCUCUAAAGGGUGGCAGUGGUUCCAUAACAGACUCCGCUUGGGUCGGAGACAAGGCUGUCAUUGCAACUUCCACUGGUGCUGUGAAGGUCUUUGAAAAUGAAUCAGAGGCUGCCAGCUUCAAUGUCCAUGCCGGUACAGCUGCAGCUCUCGCCGUGCAUCCAACCGGUGAUAUUGUUGCCUCCGUUGGCAUUGACAAGAGCUACACCCUCUAUGAUAUCUCGAGCUCUUCCGUCAUUACUCAGAUAUUCACCGACGCCGGUAUGUAUACAUUCUUCAUCCAUAUUUUCCCCAGCAAAAUGUUUCAUAACUAACUGGUGAAAUAGCUCUGUCGUGCGUCAAAUUCCAUCCUGAUGGUCACCUUCUAGCUGCCGGCGGCGCUGACGGCCAAAUCAAAAUAUUCGAUGUCAAGAACGGCACCAGCGCAGCUACCUUCGACAUGUCCGGUCCCAUCAAAGCGCUGUACUUCUCUGAGAACGGCACCUGGCUUGCUGCAGUGACGAAGGACUCCUCCGACAUAUCAGUCUGGGACCUCCGUAAAUCGACAGUCGUGAAGGUGCUGGAAACCGGUAGCCGGGUCGACUCCAUCAGCUGGGACUACACGGGACAGUUCCUCCUUACCGGUGGACCAAACGGAAUUACAGUGCAGCAGUAUUCCAAGACCUCGAAGUCCUGGACAGAGCCGUUGCGAAGUGCGGUGCCUUCCACUGCAGUUGCCUGGGGUCCCUCUGCCCAGAGCAUCUUGUCACUUAAUGGAGACGGCGUUAUUGUGUCAGUUAGUGCUCAGUGAUUUUAUACUAAUGUGAUGGGGAGUUUCUUGUUUCUCUUUCUUGUGUACUUAUAGUGGAUGGAUGGCCGGUUCCUGCAGUUACCAACUUGCUCUGAGCACUACCCAUAUCCCUUAGUCCUUCCCCUUGGCUGCCUUCACACUGGCCAUUAUCCUCUCCCAGGCCUCUCUAGGAGCUCAAACUGGACAUCUCUCUGGUCUAUAGCUCUUCUAUAUUAAGAUUAUGUCAUCGCCAUAAAUCCAUGAGAAUCCCCCCGACUCCCUUUUGUUGAUGUUGAUAUUGAUAUUCAUCCAAACUCCUAUAUAAACAAAAUUCUUGCCAAAGGUCUUCUUGGGCUUCUCCCUCAUCCUAGGGGCCAUGGUCUAGCAUCGCUGGCAUAUUCUAGGGGUCUCCUGGCUUCAUACAGCAUCUCGCCAGUCCCCAUCCCCCCUUGCUCGAGUCCUGCAAGGAGUUGGACCAUUCCCGCACACAGUGAAUGAGAAUGGUAGACGGCCGCUGCUAGGCUCUCGCUACUCUCGCUUGAUGCCAGGCCGAAUGGCAGAUCUUCCCUCUCCUCUGCAGCCUGCCGUUCCCCUUUUGCUCCUUUGGCGGCCCU